GCCACCGUGUGAGGGGGAGAAAGAGGGAAGGCUAAGAAACGGGAGGAGAGAGAGAGAGGGAGGGAGAGGGAGAUAGAUAGUGACCAAGUGCGACGAAAUAUAGUUUUUCCGAGGGAGGAACCGUUCAAGGGAGGAAAUCGAGAGAAAUCUGGGAACCAGACACCCGGCGUUGGAGACACACGGAUUGAUCCAGACGUCCCGCCGCGCGGAUUUAGUGUCCCGUUUCGACCCUUACCGACAUUUCGAACGAGGAGGAAGCGGAGGAGGAGGGACGAUCAUGGACAUAUCGGAAGAUUGUUGGGAGCACGUGGGACUGCUUCAAGAGGUCUCCGCCGCGGAACCACCCCCGCCACCACCCGCUCCCGACUUCCUAAUUCAGCAACAGGAGCUGUUGGUGAGCGGCGGACAACCAACGACGGCGACGUCGCCGGCGAUGUCGUCGGGGGGCGCCCUGAGUCCUGGCGCCCUCUCACCGUCGUCGACGGCGACGACGACCGGCGCCGCGGCGGCAGCCGCCUCCGGUGGGGCGAGCACCCCUGUGGCGGGUGCCACGGGACCCGGUUGCUGCGAGAACGGCAGGCCCAUGAUGACCGACCCAGUCACCGGCCAAUCUGUGUGCAGUUGUCAGUACGACAGCGCGGCAAGGCUAGCUUUGGGAGCAUAUCCAAGGCUAGCACCGACCGCGACCUCCUACUCGUCGUAUCCCACGCCGACACCCUCCACCACCGACCAAGGACCCUAUCCUAGCAUUGGAAUGGACAGCUCCGCGUUCUACCCUCCUUUGGGAAAUCCGUACGGAUUGAAGGACACGACGGGAAUGGGGAUGACGGCGGAUAUGGGUGCAGCAUGGGGCACGGCCGCCCUUCAACCUGCCGCCACGGGUUACUACCCCUACGAUCCAACCCUGGCCGCCUACGGAUAUGGCGCCGGAUACGAUUUGGCAGCGCGGCGGAAGAACGCGACGAGGGAGUCGACGGCCACGUUGAAGGCAUGGCUGAACGAGCACAAGAAGAAUCCUUACCCGACCAAGGGCGAGAAGAUCAUGCUUGCGAUCAUCACGAAGAUGACACUGACGCAGGUAUCCACUUGGUUCGCGAACGCGCGACGGCGUCUGAAAAAAGAGAACAAAAUGACCUGGGAGCCGAAAAACAAGACCGACGAUGACGAUGACGCGGUUCUCACGGACUCGGAGGACAACAAGGAGAAGGAUGAUCUCGCGGGUGACAAUCAAGGCGACAGGGUCGGGGAGGAGGCGAGGAGAGGCCUCGAGGAAAAUGAUGUAUCUACUUGUGAAGAGUUAUUCAAUGUUACGGAUAUAGUGCGGAUCGAAAAAAAGGGCGCAAGGAGUGUAAAUAAAUACGUCCUCUCCCCGCAGAGGGAUUCUUUAGGAUUUGCGAUUUCUGCGCCAGAAGGAGAGAGGCACUAA